GCUCGCAGCCGUAGACACACACUUCAAUGCUGCAGGGGAGAUAUAAAAGCCCUCUCACACACAGCGUCCAGCUUCACUGAAGUGCUCCAUGUGACAUGGGUGUGAGUUUCUUACCACAGAGAAUGCUUCCUCCAGGACACCAAAGGACUCAGCUUGAAAGACUUUAAAGAAAAAAGAAACAGUUGGUUUGGACGGCAUGUGACCACAGAAAUUGCCUGUGUUUGAGGAUGGGUGUUUUCUUGGGCUAAGUAACAGACAAGUUUUUGGACUUAUUUUUGUCAUGCUAAUGGUGGACAGGUACUGUCAAGCAGUUUGCGGAGGAAAAGACAGACAUGUUUUUGAACUCUAACUGUUAUUGUGCCUUUUUUGCUACUUUUUAUCAUAUAUUUUUUUUAAUGAUCCACAAUUUAUCCAAACCAAACUUUGAAAAACGGAAGUAUUGAGCGAAGAUGGACUCCUCAUUCACCUCAGAGACGUUUUACAAUGCGGGGUCGAUAGCUGACCCCACCACCAGUUACCUGGACGAGGACAUGUAUCUGCAGGAGGAUCUGGAUGUGUUCAGUGUGACAAUGGCUGUUCUCUACCUGGCUGUGUGCAUUGUAGGGCUGGCCGGGAACACCCUGGUCAUCGUGGCCAUCUUAAAGCUGGACAAGAUGGCUUCUGCCACCACGGUGUACAUCUUCAACCUGGCCUUGGCCGACGGCCUCUUUAUGGUGGGCCUCCCCUUCAUCGCCAUCCAGAAUUUCCAGAACCACUGGGCAUUCGGGGACCUGGCCUGCAAGCUGGUCAUGGUCCUGGACGGCAUCAACCAGUUCACCAGCGUCUUCUGCCUGACCGUGAUGAGCAUUGACCGUUACAUGGCGCUGGUUGACCCUCUGCGGUUCGCCCGCUGGCGCACGCCCAGGCGGGCCAAGAUAGUCAGCAGCUUCCUGUGGCUGUUCUCUCUGCUGCCUGUCCUCCCCAUAACCAUCCAUUUCUCGGCUAGGGACGGCCUGUGUAACCUGGACCCCCAGGUGGCUUCCGAGGCCUGGUGGCUGGCCUUCAUCACCUACACAUUUGUCCUGGGCUUUGCUCUGCCCUUCCUGGUUAUGAUUGUCUCCUACACCGCCUUGGUGGUCAAACUGAGAACCCACCGCCACCAGGCCAGCUCCCCAAGCCAGGAGAGGCCUUGCCUGGAAACCCAGGUCACCAAGAUGGUGGUGGCGGUGGUGCUGGCAUUCGCCGUGUGCUGGCUGCCGUUCUACGCCUUCAACUUCUGCUCGCUGUACCAUACGGACCUGGUGCUGACCUUCGCCAGGUGCUUUGAGUUCGUGGUGCUGUUGUCCUAUUCCUGGAGCUGUGCCAACCCCAUCCUGUACGCCUGCCUCUCAGAAACCUUCGGACGCCACUUCCUCACCCUCCUCUGCCCCACCAAGAGGUUUCCCAGUGUGCAAUGCAACCCUGACACGGAGCGCUAUGACCUCAAUGAUACAAGCGGGAUGGGCAACAGUGCGGUGGCAUAGAGAUUCCUGAAAAACAUUGGAAACUUUUUUAUGUACGCCAACUUUCCCUUUAAAUGAUGACAUUUUAUUCUGUCUUUGGACAUGUCCUUUGUAUAUAAAGGAGGUUGGUAAAGAUUAGUGUGUUUUUCUAUACAAGUUUUUCUACAUACAUUUCUGUACAGCUGUUUUUCUACUGGAUAAUAGGUUUUCUAUUUCUGCACCGCUCUGACUUGUUCUCUAAUUUCAUUUCUAAUAAGGCUGCGGUGAGGCCCCGCUGCUCUAUCACACCACUGUAAUUCGAUUUUCCAUAACUAAUUAAAUGAGGAAUAAAUUCUGUGACAACCGGGAGACAACAACAGGUGGCAUGUAAACAAGAUGGUAGCAACAGUAUGUGCCGCUGGCCAAGACAAAAGAGCUCCCAGAAGACCCACAAAAGACGUUGACUUAACACUUUUUUGACAUUUUCAGUGACGUCAUGAAGACAGCUCAAAGACGUUUACUUUAUGGGACAUUCUUCCUACAGAACUGUUUGGGGUGAGAUACAAAAGACAAGUAGAAAAGGUGUUUGGUUCAUCCCAAGAUUAGUCCUAUAUCGAAUGGUCAUUGAGUAAGAAUGUUUAUACUGUAACUAUGGAUGGUUUAUACUAAUUAAAAUGGAAUAGAGUGAGGUUUUUCACGAUAAAGGCAGAUGAAUGAAACAUGAAUUACUUUAUGGGAACUUCAUGAUCGAGCAACUGAUUCUUUAUCAAGACAAUGGACAUAGAAAAUACAAGACAGAGAUUGAUGGCAUAAUCAUCUUUAUCAUCAUUAUUCAAAUCAUAAUCAUCACUGCCAUCGUCAUCAACUAUUUUUGUUGUAGUUGCUUUCGUGUUGCGUUUAACGCCCAACCUAUUGUCGUGUUAAAUUAGUUUCACAAUUUACAAAUAUUGUUUUUAUGGGAUACGUAUUACAUAUUGCUGAUUGAAUCUCACUUACUCACUACAGGAUCAUCACCUUUCUGUUUUAAAUAUUAAAUCACACGAGAGAAAAGUAAUUGAUGGAAAUUUGCAUUGAAAACAUACAAAGCAC